AUCUACUCUGUUAUAUCUCACUGAGUGAAGAUUUAUGAGAUGUUGCUCUUAAAUGAUGUUAUAUUUGGAAUAUUAAAUGUAUUAUUGCUGGUGGUGGUGAUUUAACGACUGUAUUCAUUUGUGUGACUUUUAUUAUGACAUUCUUUGUGAAGUCCUGGUUUUGCUGCGGGAUUCUGUUGAGAGGCGCAGAGCUCCACAGUGGGAGCGAGGAGGAGAAGAGAGGGACAAAGAGAAGGAUGGAGAUGAAGAGAGGGAGAUCUGGUGCACUGAACGGAGAGGAAGUGAGAAAAUUCUACCAGAGUCUGUUUGAAGACAAGGACAGAAGGAGAGAUGAGAGAAAAGAUGAGAGGAGCAACAAGAGGAGAAGCGAGAGGAGAGAGAGACUGAGAGGAAGAACAGGAUGGAGUGAUGGGAAACAGGGUGGAGCUUGUGAUGGAGAGGCAGAGACUGGUGUGGGAGGGGUGGAGAACUCUGUGAAGGUGUCCCCUGCAGGUCAUGCUGAAGGUUACAGGCUGUUGAGGUGUGCUGAACAGGGGGACGUCCAGGGUGUGGAGGACGCACUGAGACGCGGCUGUGACGUCAACUUUACUGAUCACUUUAACUGGACUGCGCUGAUGAGCGCCGCCUACUCCGGGAGAACACACACCGUCAAAGUCCUGCUCCACCAGGGGGCGCUGUGUACCACCAUCACCGACACGCAGGGAAGGAAUGCGUGUGAUUUGGCUCGUCUCUCUGGUCAUCAUGAUGUUGUCAACAUAUUGGAGCAAUUCAGCAAUUCACACAAGAAGAACACCUCACACACACCUGCAGCCCCAGCACACAGCUCCCCUUCCCCUCAGUGGUGUGAUGUGUGUGAGGUGUGUUACACGGACACCAUACAGACACACACUUCAUCCACGCUGCACCAGUUCAGCCUGAAGCAUCCCCCGUCUCUCCCUCACUACUGUCUCACUCCCACCAGCGUAGGCUACAAGAUGAUGCUGCGUUUGGGAUGGGACCCUCACUCUGGCCUUGGCCCCGGGCACUCGGGUCGCCGGGACCCUGUCGGAACUGUCUUCAAAUCCGACACGGCCGGCCUCGGGUUUGGGCCCAAGCCCAGGCCAAAGGUCACCCACUUCAAGGCCAACGACGUGCAGGCGGUGCGCAGGGUGGAUAAAAGAUUAGAGGAGAGACGGGAAAGAGAGACCACGGUCAGCGCUAAGGUCAGGAAGAGGACAGAGGAGAGAGAGAGACAGUGGGAGAGAGAUUACCGUGCCUCUUUCAACAUUGACACAUGAACUUUAACCUCUUAUACUGUGGCCUGGUGACACUUUAUUGCCCUCUAGUGGCGUGAGACGGGACAGACUGUUUUAAAGACGUUUUUUUAUUCACUGUAACCCUAACCCUACCUCACAGUGUCAUUUUGGAUGUUUUAUUUUAUUAUAUUUGAUGUUCAAAUGAUAAAAAUAAACCAGAGUAUUUCUAAAAGUGGAA